UGUCGAAAGCCCAAACCAGGAAAAGGAGAAAACACCACCACCUCUACAUUCACACUCCCACGCCCGAAGCCGGCGGCGAGAGGCGGCGGAGGAAGCAGCAGCGGCAGGCCAUGGCGUCGUCGUCGGCACUGGCUCCGGCUGCCGUACGCGAGAUGCAGCGCGACCUCGAGUCCCAGGCCAACGCCCUCAGCAAGAUCCAGAAAGACAUCUCCAAGAACCACGAGGUCCGCAAGCAGUUCACCAUCCAGGUCGGCGAGAACGAGCUCGUCCUCAAGGAGCUGGAGCUGCUGAAUGAUGGGGCGAAUGUGUACAAGUUGAUCGGGCCAGUGCUGGUGAAGCAGGACCUCGCGGAGGCCAAGGCCAACGUCAAGAAGCGUAUCGAGUACAUCUCGGCCGAGCUGAAGCGAAUGGAUCGGGCGCUGAAGGACUUGGAGGACAAGCAGAACAGCAAGAAAGAAUCGAUAAUCAGGCUGCAACAGAAGAUGCAGGCUGUACAAGCAAAGGCAUAGGCGUCCAUUGCUAGUUUUAUCUGAACUGAAGGCCACCCCUUCAGCCCUCAAGUGUUUGGUGUGUACAAGGCUGGUGUUUUUCGUUCCCUGUCCCCUAGAAAAGGGAAAGAAGUCUUUAGUGCUAAAAGAUUCAGAAUUAUUCAAGGUAUGUGUAGUGAGAGAUUUUGUUUCGGAGUGAGACGAUCGAUAGAACAUGUACCUCUUACUGGCUUCUAGCGAUGUGGAUCAAUUUUUGUUCUUCUCUAAAAGGAAUCGGGUCUUAUUGAUGUGUCGU